ACCUUUGUCUGGCAUUCUAAGCCCCCAACAAAAUUCUUCACUCUCUUCAGAUCCAAAUCUCCUUCUCCUCCAACCCCAUAUUUAACCUAUAUAUACCAAAAAAUUAUAUAUAUAUAUAUAGAUGUCCGCGUCGUCAGUUCGCCGGAUGAAAGAACGCAGCGUCAGAGGAGGGAAGGUCACGGCUGCGAAACCUUCCAAAACGCCAACCCCAGUCUCUGAAAAAUUCACCGGUGGAGAGACCUUCAAGAAGUCCACCGGAAAGGAAAACCCUAGACCCACUUCCAGGGGCCGAGCUUCGGUGGCAACGAUGCCUCAGAAACCGGCGAUUCGGCCAAUGCCUCGGAUUGAGAAGCCAUCGACAGCGGAUCGAGAACCUCGUCAAUCGGUUCCAAAAGGUAGGAGCUCUAGUCCGUUUGAAUUCAAUCGAAUGUUGUCUGAUAUGCGUAAGGGUCGGGGUUCUAGGGUUUCGGAGGAUCGGUGUGAGAAGGGUUCGGGAGGUGAAAUUGAGAUGUCUGUUUCGAGUGGUGGGAGAAUUGCGAGUGGAAGUAGAAUUUAUGACAAGUGUCAGCAAAAGAUGGGUACUUUGAGGGAAUUGAAUGCGAAAUCAAGUGAGCGAAGUGAGAAUGAUACUAGGGUUUUGAAGGAUAAGGAAAUUUCAGUGAAUAAUGAGGUGGGUACGGUGCAAAGUAGUGAAAUUUAUAAGAAACGUGAAUCGAAUCCUGAAGAAAGUGAAGAAUCUAGGCUUAUGGUUUUAGAUGAAUGUAAAGGUGUGAUUAGUUUAAGCUCAAUUUCGUCAAAAUCAUGCUUCGAUAGUUGUGAUUCCGAGUCUAAUUUAGAUGUUUUGAAUGAUUUUAGAGUUCAUGAAGAAUCGAAGGGAAGGUCUUGUGUUGACCCAAAAUUGGUUGUAGUUGAGAAGAUUAUGAAUUAUGUUGAUUUGGGUGUGAAAGAAACGGGGCGAAAAACUCUGAAUUGUUCAAGAGGUUCAGAGAGCUUGAAGCAGAAUGGUUUAAUUGAUGAAGGUACAGGUCGUAGUGUCAACAAAUACCCAAGCAAACUUCAUGAGAAGAUUGCCUUUUUGGAAGGGAGGGUUAAGAGGAUUGCGUCCGACAUUAAGAGGACAAAAGAGAUGUUGGAUAUGAAUAACCCAGAUACGUCAAAAGUGAUGCUUUCGGACAUUCAGGAAAAGAUUUCAGGGAUUGAGAAGGCAAUGGGACAUGUUAAUGGUGCUGGUGAGAAUAUGGGUGCACCCAAUUCUACUGUAAAUGGUGAUAUAGAGAGUAAAACUUUGGAUAGGAGUCAAAACAAGGAAGUGAAUCAUGUGAAAAAUUCUGUUAAAGGCUUGAAUACUGAACAGCUGGAGGCUAGACUUUUUCCUCAUCAUAAGUUGCUUAGAGACCGGACAUCAUUGAAAUUGUCAUCAGGAAGCUCUCAAAAUAAUCAGGACAGCCUUGUAGAAUCCAACUGCAAAUUAAAACCUGAAGAGAAUCCGCUGAGCACAGUUGAUGAGAACCUCAUUGCAUUGGAGUUCUUGGCCUCCCUUAAUAAGGAUCAACUUAAGGUCACAAAGAGGGGUGAAAAUGUCAGUUCGGAGAUAUCUGAAGUUCAAGAAUUUGAUGAUUCUGUGCCUUUGACAUCUCAAGACUCUUUAAACGUGGUCAACAGAAAAGGGGAUCUUGAGCUCAUUCUAACGACAAAUGAAACACUUGAUGAGUUUGAUGAUCAGGAGUAUACACCGGCAAUGAUAAUUGAAGAGGAUAUUGAAGAUGCUUGGAUUAAUCAGUUAAAUGAUAUUGGCCGUAAGACCUCAACAGGGGGAUGGUUUGUAUCAGAGGGAGAAGCUGUUCUUCUUGCUCAUGAUGAUGGUUCUUGUUCCUACUAUGAUAUUGCAAAUUGCGAGGAGAAAGCUGAAUACAAACCCCCUGUUGGAGUCUCACCCAAUGUAUGGAGAGAUUGCUGGCUAAUUCGCGCCCCUGGUGCAGAUGGUUGUUCAGGAAGAUAUGUCGUGGCUGCAUCUGCUGGAAAUACAUUAGAUUCAGGAUUUUGCUCAUGGGAUUUCUAUGCUAAAGAUGUGCGAGCUUUCCACAUUGAAAAUGGGAGUACAACUACAAGAACAGCACUUGGCCCCCUAUCCAACAACACUCUAUAUAGAAGAAAUACUCUAUCUUGUACGAUGGCUCCAGAAAAUCAACAAUGGUGGUAUAAACCUUGUGGACCACUUAUCGUCUCAACAGCCAGCUGUCAGAGGGCUGUUAGAAUCUAUGAUAUUCGUGAUGGAGAGUUGAUCAUGAACUGGGAGGUGCAGAAGCCUGUGGUAGCAAUGGAUUACUCAAGUCCUUUGCAAUGGAGAAACAGAGGAAAAGUGGUUGUAGCAGAGUCAGAAAUUAUUUCUCUAUGGGAUGUGAGUUCUCUCAAUCCUCAAGCACUACUCUCUGUUUCUUCAUCUGGCCGAAAAGUGUGUGCGCUUCAUGUGAAUAACACGGAUGCUGAAGUCGGUGGGGGAGUAAGGCAAAGAACAAGUUCAUCUGAAGCAGAAGGAAAUGAUGGUUUGUUCUGCACCACUGAUUCCAUCAAUAUAUUAGAUUUCCGCCACCCAUCCGGUGUAGGUCUCAAGAUAUCCAAACUUGGCGUCAACGUGCAGUCUGUUUUCUCUCGUGGGGAUUCCAUUUUCAUUGGCUGUACUAACGCAAGGCCAGCAGGAACAAAGCAGCCGUGUUCCCAGGUGCAACAGUUCUCAUUGCGCAAACAGAGUCUUUUCAGUGCUUACUCUUUGCCAGAAUCGAAUACCCAUGCCCAUCACACAGCCAUAACACAAGUUUGGGGAAAUUCAAAUAUUGUCAUGGGAGUUUGUGGGCUGGGACUGUUUGUUUUUGAUGCUUUGAAGGAUGACGGAUUGCAGUCUUUUGCCACUGAUUACAGUAGCAUACAGAAGGUUGCAGAAAUAAUUGGACCGGAUGAUUUGUAUUCCCCUUCUUUUGAUUACAUGGCAUCCCGAGUUCUCCUCAUAUCAAGAGAUCGCCCGGCUCUGUGGAGGUACUUGUCAUAAUUAUGAUGCAUGCUUGAAGACUUAAUUAGCAUAUUUUGUCCAAAAUAGAAAACUAUGAGCAUGAUAAAUGCUGUUGUGUAUGUUUUGUUAUAUAUAGCAUGGUGUGUGAAACAUUAAAAAAAAUUUGCAAUUUAUUCUAGUAGAGUUCUUUUUUAUUUAAAAAA